CCACAACAGACGACAGCGAAUAAACAUGUCCCUUCUGUUGAUUCUGGCAACUCUACCCUUCGUCUCAUGCCUCAUCGGCUACGACUGCGGAGGAGAGGGUUUCAACGUAACCACGAUAUCGCUCCUUGACGUAGGAGAGUGUGACACCAACGACAUUGAACCGGAACAAGAAGAAACCUACAUCCAGCUGAUGCAAUUAUCGGACUUCGACCGAACCCCAGCUAUACAAUGCAGAGUGGAAGUGGACCGGACAAUUACCUACUGUGGAAUGCAUUCACACGCUUCAAUAGUACACAACGGUAGACGGGAAUACCUGCAAGAAAUCGGAGAGAACGCAUGCAGAAGACUACACGAAUCCGGCUCAUUUCGCAUGGGCGACGCCAUGGUCGACGGAAUAGUAAAGAACGCAACCAAUCUGAGAACCGUAACUCUAGCCGGAUCGGCUACUACGGAAGCGUCAUGUGAAGGCGCCCAGUACACAGACGGAUACGGAACCUGGAAAAAUGUCGUGGUCCAAGCACUAUUAAGGAUCACCCUAAAAACCUUCGAAGUACAAGUCAAACGAUCCACCGGGCAAGCCAUAAUGCCAUCAGGGGCACAAUGUAAAUUGUCACAUGGCUAUUGCAUAGACGUCGAAGGUGCAGAAACGUAUUGGUCACCACUACCAGUUGACCAUUGUCACUUCGACCAGUAUGACAUAAUAUACGAGGGCCUUGCCACGAAGCUAAAACCAAAAGUCAACCAAUCUACACCAACUAUAUAUACCGUAACGACUCAGGAGACCACAUUCGCACUCACCAAAACAUCAGAAUUCGACGUUUGUGGAUACAAACUUACGCAAACGGAACAUCCAAAGCUAUGUAUUCUAGAAACCACAAAAGGACGGACCUUUCGGACAAGAGGAAAAAUUGCCGUUGACAAUCUGGAUAUUUUCCUCUACGUGAACUCGAAGUUUGUCUACGUAGAAAAACAUAUCAAGACACAACUCACUCAGCUAUACAGGGACAUUAUGGAACAAAAGUGCGCACUGGAAAGACAAAUACUGCAAAAUGCACUAACUCUGGCUAGUGUAGCACCAGAUGAAAUGGCAUUCCGGAUAAUGAGAGAGCCCGGAUACACCGCAGUGACCAACGGUGAAGUUAUACAUAUAGUGAGAUGCGUCCCUGUGGAAUGCAAGAUUCGUCAGACUGACCAUUGUUAUAACGAACUACCCGUCUCACACCGUAACGCCUCGCUUUUUCUACUUCCACGUUCGAGAAUACUUGCCAAGACCGGAACUAUAAAAGACUGCAGCGAUCUACUACCAGCCAUCACCGCCAAUCAUCCAGCCGCUAACACACCCCAAGUGGCACUAUAG